AUGAGAAAGGUGGGACGAUGCUUGAAGUGGCGGAGCUUGUGGAACAAUGCGGAACUGAGUUCUGCUGGGAAGUUGGGGGAGGAGGAGGAAGAGGCAGCUGCGGUUGUAGGUCAAGGUGCUGCUGCAAGCGGUGGAGCAACUGCUGGAGCUGGAGGAGGAGGUGCCAGAGCUGCUGCUGGUGCUGCUGUUGCUGCGGAGGAGGAGGAGGAGGAGGAGGAGGAGGAGGAGGAGGAGGAGGAGGAGGAGGAGGAGGAGGAGGAGGAGGAGGAGGAGGAGGAGGAGGAGGAGGAGGAGGAGGAGGAGGAGGCUGAGGUAGAGAGAAGGGUUGACUCGGGGCAUGGUGGGCUUGGGUGGAGAGUUUACACUGAAGUCCUCGAGUCGGGCCAUAGCGAGGCACAUAUUCACGAGGAGAGAAGGUUGCUGCUGCGCCGCAGCCUGCGCUCAAACCCGUGUGCGGUAUGUGCUGUCAGAUGUGUUGUAUGCCAGGGAGGUGGGCAGGGGGCGGACGAGGGGAGGGGGACAUCGAGCGGGGAAGGAGGGCGUGCAACGAGUGCGCGGGACGGGGAGAGUGUGGACGACCGGAGCGCGGACGAGCAGGGCGUGCAGACGAACAGGGCGCGCGGACGGCCAGGUCGCGUAUUCUUCUUUGGAGAUCUCAACUACCGCCUCGAGCUGCCGGAUUUGGAGGCGCGUGCACUGCUGGCCAAGCGUGACUGGGAGGCGCUGCUGCAGCACGACCAGUAUAAGGCCUUGGUCCUCUCGUCCCAAUGUGAAUACACCACAUGCAACUGUGCUGCUGCACCUGGCCAUCUAGCUGCGUUACCUCCCCACCUCCCUGCCACUCUCUCUCUCCUGCAGCUGCGGUGGGAGCUGUCAGAGGGAGGGGCGCUCCUCGGGUGGCGCGAGGGCCCCAUGUUCUUCGCCCCAACCUACAGGCUACAGGCACUAUGUAUGAGGCACCUCAGAUGCGCAACUUCCCACCUCCCUCCCCACCCCUCCCUGCAGCUGCGGUGGGAACUGUCAGAGGGAGGCGCACUCCCAGGGUGGCGAGAGGGUCCCAUCUUCUUUGCCCCGACCUACAAGUAUGCAGCGGGCAGCAACCGGUACGUGGGGGAGGACGAGGAGGACGGGGAGAAGCGCCGAACCCCCGCCUGGUGUGACCGGGUCCUCUGGUACGACUCGGGGGACGCCACUGACAGCCUCCCCCCCACCAGCAUCAGCAUCCCCAGCCCCAGCACCACCACCACCACCACCGGGAUCGCCAGCAGUGGCAGCAUGAGCAGCAUGGGGGGGUAUGCGAGUGAUGCCUUGCAACUGGUGUCGUACUCGCGGGCGGAGUUGGCGCUGUCGGACCAUCGGCCGGUGGCGGCGGUGUUUGCAGUGCAGGUGGAGGCGGUGGAGAGAGAGAGGUUUGAUGCUGCCGUGGCUGUGGCGUGCCGGCAGCUGGACGAGCGGCAGCAGCUCGCCAUUCCGCAUUUCUCUCUCAGCGCUCAUGCCGUGGAAUUCGGAGAGGUGCCCUACGCCUCUGUAAUCCGGCGAACCAUAGAGCUGCACAAUCUCGGCACGGUGCCCGCGCACUUCUCCGUGGCCCCGGCAGGCAGCACAGACACCGCUGCCCCCGGCCCUGCAGGGGGGUGCGGGGCAUGGGUGGUGGCAGAACCAGCAGCAGGGGCAGUGGCACCAGGCCACACAGUGACUCUCAGCCUGCACACCUGGGUGGCUGUGCCGGGCACGCGGGUGGAUUUGUUGGUGGAUCGCGGGGGGCUGCUGGAUUUGAUUUUGGUGGUCGCGAUUGCGGGCGGCGGGGACCUGUUUGUGGCGUGCUCUGGGAGCUACGUGCCGUCCUGCUGGGGCCUGCGCCUGGAGGCCCUAGCAGGUCUCAAGGACCCCAUCCGCUCGCUCUCUCUCGACGCCAUCGCCACACGCCAGCGAUCCUCCCUCCGCCACAGCCGACCUACAGCUGCUGGCAGCAUCCCAGAAGCCUCCGAAACUGACAACGCCGAUGACGACGAUAACUCCGCUUCUGCAGGCGGGGAGGACGAUCGGCCAUUAGGAGCAGCGGCACGGGCAGCAGCUGGAAACCCAUCCCAUGCAUCAGACGCGUUUGAGGUGCCCAAGGAGGUGGCUCGCAUGCUCACCUUCCUUCUGGACUCUGGCCAGGACAUCUCCUCCGCCUUUGACCCCAUCGCUCUCGGCAUCGACCUCUCUCUUGACCAGGACGACAGCACCCGUGCGCCCCCCUUCCCCUCCUCGCACUCCACCCCGCACGGGCACCCUCACUCGCUCUCGCACGCUCGCAGCGCGAGUCUCUCGUCCGAUGUGCUGUCUGCUGCGGUUAGUUCCCUCUCCACCACCCCGGAAAGCAGCUUCAAUAGCAACCCUGGCAGCAGCAGCAGCUCUGGCGGCAGCAGCAGCUUCGCCAGGAGCAGCAGCAGUGCUGGGGCUGGUGCAGGCGGUGUGCUGCCUCAGCUAUCCCGCACCUUGAGUCGGGGCGGGGUGGCAGGGCUCUCUACCGCUGCUGCUCUGGCUGUAGCUGCUGCUGCUGGCGCUGUGGGUGCCGCAGCAGGGGCAGUGGGCGCUGCUGCAGCAGACCUCGCAGCAGGAGGAGCCACGGCAGCAGGAGGAGGCGGAGCAGGAGGAGCAGGGGCAGGAGGAGCAGGAGGAGCAGGGGCAGGGGAAGGGGACGGGCCAGGGUCGACUCAGUUCCUAGCGGCCAAGGCAGCAGCACUGGGUGCAGUAGCUCAGGAGCUGCAGAUUGCACCCAUCCGUCUCGCACUCGACACCGGCACACCCUUCCCCACCGAAACCUCCCCGCUUACCAUGGCUCGUGCGCUCGUCUCGUUCCUCUUAGCCCUUCCUGAGCCUAUUAUUCCCCCGAGUGUGGGGGAGGAGGUGGCGUGUAGGGAGGGGUGGGCAAGGGGUGCUGCGGCUACGCUGCUGGCGGAGCGGUUGGGUGCGGUGCAGCUGGGUGUGGUGGACUCGUUGCUGGCUCUCAUCCAGGCGCUGCUGCGGAACCGCAUUGCGAAUCGACUCGCCAUUCAUGAGCUGGGCACCUAUUGCUUAUGCGAAAGCCUGCCUGUUGUGUUUUAG